AUGUCGAGAAAGAAAGGCAAACUUGGCAACCUUCUUGGCGAUGGUGCCCGUGACGAGCAGCUUUCCGUUUCGGCGAAGUACGCCAAAAAGUACAACGAAAAGAAAGACAGGAUCGAAGCAGCCAGGGCUGCGCAGAUUUUUGCAGAUGAGGAUGUGGAUAACACCUCUGAGGAAUCUACGGAGGAUGAGAAUGCAAACUUGUUGACACAGCACGUGGAAUCGAAGAUUUUCGACACCUUGACAAAAAUCAAGGCCAAAGACCCCUCGAUCUACCAGAGCAGCACGUCUUUCUUCGACGACGAAGAUUUCAAGGAUUCCGCUGGAGCCGCUAAAGCAGACAAGCCGGCGAUGCAAAAGAUGACCUACAAAAACUUCAUCAGGACUACACUUAUGAAAGAGGGAGCAGAUGCCAUCGCUAGAGAGGAGGAGCAUAUGGAAACGAAGAAACGAAGGAAAACGCCUGCUGAAGAACAGCGGGACUUGCAGGACGAAAUUCGGCAGGCAGCUGGGACUCUGACAACGGAGGAAGACCAAGGCGACGACUUGUUCUCUCUCAAGGAGCAAAGUUUGGAGGAAAGGCAGAGGCAGGACGAGGAGUUUGCCAAGUUCCAGUCCAGAGCCGAGCGGAAAGGCGACAACGCCGAGGCGGUCAUGGCAAACUAUUGGCGAGGUGACGAAGACUUGGACGAGAACGAGCGCUUCUUGCGCGAUUAUGUGAUAAACCGACAGUGGUUGGAGACGGACUCGCUUCAACAAGCUCAUGGCAAAAAAGAAACCAUGGAUUUUGAUGUGGAGGACGAAGAGGACGAGCAUCUGGGCCAGGCAGACGAGUUUGAGAAGGAGUACAACUUCAGAUUCGAGGUUGAGGAGGGCAAGCACAUACAAAGUCAUGCGAGAUUUCCAGAAAACUCUGUUCGCGAUCGGAACGAAAAGAGAAAGCGCCAACGAAAGGAGCGAGCCGAUCGGAAGGAAGCAGAGAAGGUGCGAAGAGCGGAGGAAUUGAAGAGGCUCAAGAACUUAAAGAAGCAGGUGCACUUUCCGUUAGUCGAGAUACAGCACUGA